CUCUCUCUCUCUCUCUCUCUCUCUCUCUCUCUCUCUCUCUCUCUCUCUCUCUCUCUCUCACACACACACACACACACACAAACGCGCACACACCCCCUCGCGCGCUCCGGCUUACUACGGCUGGCGAUGUGACGCGCCACGUUCGCCUUGUGGAAUAGCGGAGUAUCCAGCGCGUGCAGAAGCGGAGGAGAGCGGCUUUGCUUUUUUAUUUUUUAUUUCUCCACGGAAAGGGAUGAAGCGACAGAGGAGGACGCCGUUGACCAUGACUGUGGAUUUUUUCACGUUUUUGUGCGCCAUCGCGGCUGUUUCAGGGAUGGAAGAGACAAUUUUGGACACUCGGACUGCCACAGCUGAACUCGGCUGGACAGCGUACCCUGCAUCAGGGUGGGAGGAGGUGAGCGGCUAUGAUGAGAACCUUAACACCAUUCGCACGUACCAAGUUUGCAAUGUGUUCGAGUCCAGUCAAAACAACUGGUUAGUGACCACGUUUGUUCGGCGUCGUGCUGCUCAGCGUGUCUAUGUGGAGAUGCGAUUCACAGUACGUGACUGCAGCAGCAUCCCACGUGUUCCCGGCUCAUGCAAAGAGACAUUCAACCUGUACUACUAUGAGAGCGACCAGGUGAUCGCCACCAAAGGGGCCACAUUCUGGACAGAGGCCCCCUACCUCAAAGUGGACACCAUUGCUGCCGAUGAGAGCUUCUCUCAGGUGGACUUUGGUGGGCGCCUAAUGAAAGUCAACACAGAAGUGCGCAGCUUUGGGCCGCUCUCCAAAAACGGCUUCUAUUUGGCCUUCCAGGACUACGGAGCAUGUAUGUCACUGCUGUCCGUGCGUGUCUUCUACAAGAAGUGCCCGAGCGUCGUGCAGAACUUUGCAGUCUUCCCUGAGACUACAACUGGUGCUGAGAGCACUUCGUUGGUGAUUGCUCGUGGUUCCUGCAUCCCAAAUUCAGAGGAAGCUGAUGUACCCAUCAAACUCUACUGCAACGGCGAUGGUGAAUGGAUGGUGCCCAUUGGUGGCUGCACCUGCAAGGCUGGUUUUGAGCCUGACAACGGCAAUAUCUGCAGAGCAUGUCCUCCCGGUACGUUUAAGUCCAUGCAGGGCACAGGACUGUGCCUGCAGUGUCCUCCCAACAGCAGGUCCACAUCUGAGGCCUCCACCAUUUGCGUGUGCAGAAACGGCUACUACAGAGCAGAUGGAGACCUGCCAGACAUGCCCUGCACUAGUUCCACUCCUAUCAGCCAAGAACAGGAAUCUGAAGCUGACAAUCACUGGCACAGACUCACCAAUACUGGAGAGCUAAAGACUGGAAGAAGACCAGGUGUCCCUUCUAGCCCCCGGAACGUCAUGUCUGUUGUAAAUGAGACGUCGGUAAUCCUGGAAUGGCAUUCGCCUAGGGAGACCGGAGGCCGUCAAGACGUCGUGUACAACAUCGUGUGUAAGAAGUGCAAUGCAGAGCGGCGAGCAUGCUCACACUGCGAUGACAGCGUGGAGUUCACACCGAGACAGCUGGGCCUCACUGAUACUCGGGUGUUCAUCAGCAACCUGUGGGCACACACACUGUACACGUUCGAGAUCCAGGCUGUCAACGGGGUGACCAACAAAAGCCCGUAUCCGGCACAGCACGUCUCUGUUGACAUCACCACUAAUCAGGCUGCUCCAUCCAUGAUUCCCAUAAUGCACCAGGUCAGCUCCACCAUGAGGAGUAUCACGCUGUCAUGGCCACAGCCAGAACAACCCAACGGCAUCAUACUGGACUAUGAGCUGCGUUAUUAUGAGAAGGAUCUAAUGGAGGUUAACUCAACAGUACUGAGGACUCAGACUAACACAGUUCGUGUGGACGGUCUCAGGCCCGGCACGGUGUAUGUGGUCCAGGCUCGUGCCAGAACAGUGGCUGGAUUCGGCAAAUACAGCAACAAGAUGUGCUUCCAAACUCUCACAGAUGAAGACUAUAAGUCUGAAUUGAGGGAGCAGUUGCCACUCAUUGCUGGCUCAGCGGCAGCUGGUGUAGUCUUCAUUGUGUCUCUGGUGGCUAUUUCUAUAGUCUGCAGUAGAAAACGAGCUUACAGUAAGGAAGCAGUGUACAGUGACAAGCUUCAGCACUACAGUACAGGAAGGGAACUUUCUUUGAGGCCAGAUCUCUCUAACUGCCACUCCCCCAUGGGCUGCCCAACCCUGCCAGGCUCACCAGGGAUGAAGAUCUACAUUGAUCCGUUUACCUACGAGGACCCCAAUGAGGCCGUGCGUGAAUUUGCCAAGGAGAUUGAUGUCUCCACUGUCAAAAUCGAGGAAGUCAUCGGAGCAGGUGAGUUUGGAGAGGUGUAUAAGGGGCGCCUGAAGUUGCCGGGGAAGCGGGAGAUCUAUGUGGCCAUCAAGACCCUUAAGGCAGGCUAUUCUGAGAAGCAGAGACGGGACUUCUUGUCUGAGGCGUCAAUCAUGGGUCAGUUCGAUCACCCCAACAUCAUCCGCUUAGAAGGCGUUGUCACCAAAAGUCGUCCAGUCAUGAUCGUCACCGAGUUCAUGGAGAACGGAGCCCUGGACUCUUUUCUCAGGCAAAAUGACGGCCAGUUCACGGUAAUCCAACUGGUGGGAAUGAUGCGAGGCAUAUCAGCUGGCAUGAAGUACCUGUCUGAGAUGAACUACGUUCACCGGGACCUGGCAGCUCGCAACAUCCUGGUCAACAGCAACCUGGUGUGUAAAGUGUCUGAUUUUGGCUUGUCACGCUACCUGCAAGAGGACACAUCUGACCCCACCUACACUAGCUCACUGGGAGGGAAGAUCCCAGUGCGGUGGACAUCUCCGGAAGCUAUCGCAUACAGGAAGUUCACAUCUGCAAGUGACGUGUGGAGCUAUGGCAUCGUCAUGUGGGAAGUGAUGUCAUUUGGUGAGCGGCCAUACUGGGACAUGUCCAAUCAAGAUGUGAUUAAUGCUAUAGAACAAGACUACAGGCUUCCUGCACCAAUGGAUUGUCCCACUGCUCUGCACCAGCUCAUGUUGGACUGCUGGCAGAAAGACCGCAACGCUCGGCCACGUUUUACUGACAUUGUUAACACACUUGACAAACUCAUCCGCAACCCGACAAGUCUAAAGGCUGUUGCUAGCAUGCCGUCCAUUCCAUCUCAGCCACUGCUGGACCGGUCUCUCCCUGACUUCAACACCUUCAGCUCAGUAGAGGACUGGCUGUCUGCUAUUAAGAUGUCUCAGUAUAGAGACAAUUUUCUCAACUCUGGCUUCACUUCCCUGCAACUUGUCGCCCAGAUUACUUCAGAAGACUUGUUGAGGAUAGGUGUGACUCUGGCCGGCCACCAGAAGAAGAUCCUGAGCAACGUGCAGACCAUGCAGAUGAAUCAGUGUCAGUCUCCCACAGCACUGGCAUGACUACAGCAGGCGCCAGUCGACGGGCCAGGCAUCCUACUCAGCUUGCAGGAGCGGGUGAGCACUGGCACAUCGGAGCGCGCCAGGGUUGAGACGAUCAUUCUGAUCUGAUAAAGAGACACACGUCCUGAUACACACUACAUUUGUGUAAAGAGAGAACAAAACAGGGAUACCUGUCUGUCUGUCCAUCAAUCUGUCUCUGGCUGUACAUACAGGAUAUCCAUCCAGCUAUUAUUGUUCAAGCAAAAACAUUCCAUUUCUAAUAUCAAGAAAAAAGGGUACUUAUUUUUCCACCCCUUUCAAUUUGCUCAAGAUUCACCCUGCUGAUUCUUUUCUUUUUCUAAAACUGUGAGUGCAACUGAGGAUCUACUACAAAGGAAAAAAAGCACCUCCUGAUGCACUUUUAUUGGUUGCUGUUAUAUAAUUAUUUUCUUUUCUGUUGAAACAAAAUACAGCUAUACCUCGUAGUCUUCUGCUUCCCAGCAUCACUACCUGACAGCCGGCUUUGCCAAAGGACAUCUUGAACGGCCUGUGUAUAUCUUUAAAUAAAUAUGAAUAUAUCUCUGGAGUAAACCUUCAUAUUGAAGGUGCUUUCUAACAGAUACAUAUGUGCAUACUUUUCUCCUGCUUGUGUUUUGGGCACAGUGUGCAUUGUUGGGGUAAUACUGGACUCAUGGUAGACUCCCAAGAAAAGGGAUUUAAUGUAGUCAAGCUACAGUAGGGAAAUUAAAUGGAGCCCAAACGGAAUUUGCUUCAAAGAUGUGUGGCUGUCUUGGAGCCAAACACUGUAGAAAUGUGAUUUUAAUUGUGUAUAAAUAACAUGUAGGGUAAAGCAAACAAAACCUUCAGGCUACCAAACUGGACAAUGUAUAUUGUGAAGGUUUCCAUGCUGAUGAACAUUUAAAAUUUGUACAGUUCUUCUUCUUCUUCUUCUUCUUCUUCUUCUUCUUCUUCUUCUUCUUCUUCUUCUUCUUCUUCUUCUUCUUCUUCUUCUUCUUCUUCUUCUUCCUUCUCUUUUCCUUUCUUUAUAAUCCUCUCUGAGUUUUUCCUGUUCGUUUGUGUUGGAGUGGUUGGACAGCUCUGUGUGUGCGCGUUUGUGUGUGUGUGUGUGUGUGUGUUCACUACCUAAACUCUCUGGUAUGUCCAUGUUAGUGUUAUUGCACUGUUAGAUAUGCUGUACUAAUGUUCGUCUUCGAAACAGGGUCUUCAAAAGUCGCUAAUCAAGUGUUUACAUGUACAAUUAUCUGAUGAGCAUACAGUAUAGUCAGCUAGUGCUAGGAUGAUCAACAUGAGUCUCUCUCUCUCACACACACACAAGCACAUAUUCACACAAUUAUUGUGUAGGGCAGGAAGCACCAUAUGUGUUCAGAUAGCAUUGUUACACUUAGUGCACAAGGUCCCUGACAUCAGUCUCGUGCAAAGAGUGACUGGUCAUCUUUGGCUAUGCUGUACAUCUGCACGAACCUUUGCUAACAGAUGCCCAGUGCCCUAUCAGUGAACACAUUCUCCUGAAAGUGAUCUCUCUCUCUCUCUCUCUCUCUCUCUCUCUCUCUCUCUCUCUCUCACACACACACACACACACACACACACACACACACACACACACACACACACACACACACACACACACACACACACACACACACACACACACACACACACACACACACACAAAGGCUUUAGCCUAUGUCCUGCUCUCUCUUUUUUGGUUGCCACGGUGAGCCCUAUGAAAGUAGCAAGACCUUGCUUACUAUUGAUGGGGUGGGCAAGAGGGUCAUAUUCCGCCGGCUUGAGAUGAAGAAAGAAGCAUUAUUCUAGUUUGGAAAUUAAUGAGCAAAAGAUUCAGGGUGAGGGUUUGAAAGCAAAAUUUCUCUCUCUCGGUCUCUCUCCUUAUGCUCUUAUUUCUUUUCUUCUCUUGUGAACAUUUAUUAUUAGGAGUAGUGAGGGUUAUGAAAAUACAGAGAGAGCUUUCACAGAACUGUGUGUUACCAAUCAAUGCAUGUUUGUUUAGAGAUCACCUUCUUCUUCUUCUUCUUCUUCUUCUUCUUCUUCUUCUUCUUCUUCUUCUUCUUCUUCUUCUUUUUCUUCUUCUUCUGCUUCUUCUUCUUCCUAUUCUUCUUCUGCUUCUUCUUCUUCCUAUUCUUCUUCUGCUCCUUCUUUCAGUUCCAGAAAAAUGGACAGGGAUUUCUUUGUCACUGAGAAGUGAGAGUGGGGGCUACUGUUGCACUUCUGGAUGGCACAGACUAAGUAUAGAAUGAAAGAUAUAUAGAAUGAUGGAUGGAUAAGUAAAAGAAAGAAAGAAUGAGUGGAUGUUUGGUAUGUUGGAUAGAUGGAUGGGCAAUGGAUAGAUGCCUGGCAGUGGAUGUUUUGAUGGAUGGUUGAAUCUUUGGAUGGAAGGAUGAGCCAAUGGUUGGACAGUCGGUUGACGAAAGAUCGAUUUACUAAUUAAAAUAGAAAUACACAAAUCUGACAAAUGUGUUCUUAAUUAUGUCACAUUCAAUACAACCUGCAUCAAACACUGAAUAUUUUAUUGAGUCUAAAAAGAUUUUAGCAACAUAAAACAUUCAUUUAAAUCAUGAAUGAGCUGCAAACUAUUUAAAUCAGGUGAAUGUACGUACAGUAUCUGGUGGUAACCUGAAAAGCAAUCAGUGGUGUGUUUUAAUUAGUAUUAACUGAUCAGCUUUGUAAAUGUAAAGGGGUAUUCUGGCAUAAAAUGUUGUUUAAUAUUAUUUCCUGUUAUUUAAUAUUUUAAUAUUCUAGAUAGAAAGAGUAGCAGAGUAUUAUAUCACUAGGGUUUAUAUUGCUGUUCUGUUGUAUCUUCUGGCUACAGUGUUCUAUCUCUACCAAUACUCAGCUUGUAUUAAUGAAAUACAUCAUAUAAUCUAAGGAAUUUCAAGCAGAAUGUAGCCUUAAAGCCAAGAUUCAUUUGAAUAUUUCAUUUGUAGUAAAUACAAAUGAAGUGGCAAAAAAUAAUAGAAGAAAUAGAUGAUUUUUCAUUUUUGCCAGAAUGUCCCUUUAGGUCUGUCUAUACAAUCCAUAGACAUGAAAGCGUGUGUUUCUCUGUUCUUAUCAUAUCUUGUUCCAGACCUUUCCUCCUUAUUCUGAUCCUUUCUCCUUAUUACCAAAGAAAAAAAAUUACACAAAGAAAAAAGAUGGCAGUGAUGAGUCUCUCCUCGAGGAGAUUCAUCUCGUGUCCAGCAAAUGUGUCCAUGUCCAAGAGAAUGUGUGUUACACUGGGAUUUGCUGCUUUUAUUUUAAUUCUAUCACUUUGCUUGAAGUGUAACACACACAUAAUUCUGUGCAGUUUUUUCCCUUAUACCAGUUUCUUUUUUAGCCUGCCAACAGCGGAGCAAAGCAUGUCACAUCUGUAUGUUCCUGCACGGCUCGCACACACUCGCAAAUGCUGGAUUUGGUGUCUGGGUGUAAGGCUGUGUGUGGAGGUGUGUGUGCAUGAGAUUAAAACUACUGUCUGGAACACAGAUACAAUGUCCUUGUACACAAAUACAGUAAGGAAAAGAGCAUGUUUGAGAGAAAGAGAGAGAGAGAGAGAGAGAGAGAGAGAGAGAGAGAGAGAGAGAGAGAGAGAGGUGAAGUGGACACUAGAAGCAUGGCAUGGACACACGUUCCCACGUUUAUGUAUAUAUAGAUUUAAAGGAAAUGCCCUUCAUUUCCAGCUUUGUGUCUCUGUAUAGUUAAAACCUGUUUAUUGUGAUGAGUAUGUCAGAGUUUGUAACUGUAACUUUCUGAGAAAUAUUGUACUAAAAACACACUCAAUAAAGAUCUUGGUAGUCCAGAACUCA